AUGAUUUCUCCUGCAUGUAAUCAUCUUCAUUAUGGAACGAAUUAAAAGUUUAUUUAAAAAGAAGAAGUUUAUUCGGUGACGCACGUGCACGAUGAUUUACGAAGAUCACAAGAGAACUAAAGAAAAAUUAUGUAUUAAAGUUACAUUAAAAAUGAAAUUACUAUCGUUCGCAUCGCUCGCCUCAUCGUACAUCUUCGAUUCGUACAACUUUCAAAUGUAAUUAAUAAGUAUGUAUAAAUCUGUAAGGCAAAUUGUGAAAGAUCACAUCGACCUGCAUCGGGAAACGCAAUGCGUAUCGAUUCGAGUAAGAUCAUAAUUUAGUGUGUCAGACCUACAUGAUUGCGAUCAUUCUCGAACAACCGUUGCAAAUUAGAUUUAUGUGUGAAUUUAUAGGUUGGAAUUUUAUGGAGACAGUCUCUUUGUUUGUUGCAACUGCAUGGUGAUAAUUAAAGAAUUGAGAAAGGAGAGAAAUAAAGAAAAUACGCACAUGGCGCAAUCGCGGAAACGGCCAAGCGACACGUGCAGUUAGAUGAUGACUGGCAGCUGAUGUUAAUCAGUAUCAUAUAUCUUGUGUUCGACAAGUAUUGAAUAUUUAAUAGUGAAUGUGACAGAAACUUUUGGAACAUUGAAGAGUCGAGUGCAGAUUGUACAUUUUUGUAUGCCUGAACGUGAAAUUUAAAAUACGAUGUCGUGGCUAAAGGAAUGCACUUUGAAUUGGUUUCAAUCCCUAGCUUUAAGGAUCAUUAAGACCGGCGAAGUGCCUAAACACGUGGCUUUUAUCAUGGAUGGUAACAGACGUUACGCGAAUAAACAGAACUUGCAGAAAAAAGAAGGACAUUCAAAAGGGUUCGACAAAAUGACUGAGAUGUUAAACUGGUGCAUGGAUCUCGGUGUUGUAGAAGUCACAGUUUAUACAUUUAGUAUAGAAAACUUUAAACGUAGCAAAGAAGAAGUUGAUGAUCUCAUGGAUCUUGCAAGGCAGAAGUUCAAGCGUCUCUUAGAAGAGAAGGAAAAAUUGAUGGACGUUGGAAUAUGUGUUCGUGUGAUCGGCAAUUUGUCCCUGAUUCCAGAAGAUCUAUGUAAAUUAGUUGCCGAAGCUAUGACUAUUACUAGGGAAAAUAAUAAAGCAUUUUUAAAUCUUGCUUUUGCUUAUACAUCAAGGGAUGAAAUUACUCAUGCAAUUAAGGAUAUAAUACAAGGUGUUAAGGAUGCUGAUAUUUUACCAGAAGAUAUUAAUGAAGAUUUGAUUUCUGAUUGUUUAUACACUUACAAGUCUCCAAAUCCAGAUUUAUUAAUUCGUACUUCCGGAGAAACUCGAUUUAGCGAUUUCCUCAUGUGGCAAAUUUCCAAUACUUGUAUCUACUUUACCGAAGUAUUGUGGCCUGAAUUCAAUAUAUGGAAUUUUCUUAGUGCAAUUUUUUAUUAUCAGAGAUGUUAUCCUAACUUGCAGAAAAAUAGAAAAAAUUUAAAAUCAAUCAUGCAUAAUAGUAGAGUAUCUAUGUAUCUUGAUAAGUUACAUAACAGACGCGACAUGGCAAUCGAAACAAUAUAUCUAUCAGCAGUUCAAUCCUAGAAAUAAAUAAACAUUAUUCUAUUAGAUAAAGUGUCGAGUGAAUGUUGAAAAUAUAUGUUGCAUAUAUUUUCUUAAAAUUAACUUUCCAUUAUAAUGUAGUUUAUCGUAUUUGUCCCAAGUAAUUUGAUUCUAUUUUGAAUUUCUACCAAAUUAUUAUAGCAAUUAAAUUGUACUAUGUCUUGUUGCAUCAUCAAAAUUAAAAAAAAUCUACAUUUACAAAUAUAUGUCAGUUAAUCAUAUGUAUGAGAACUAGUCAAGCGAUUAAACAAAGACAAUUAUAUGUGAAAACUAAUGUCAAAAUUUAUACAAAUAUUUGUUUUGAUACGUUUAUAGUAUCAUAAACUCAGGGAUAGAUAGCUACAGAUACUUCCAAUUACAUAAGAUGUUUUAGAAAACAAGAAAUAAUGAAGUCUGGGAUAUAUAAAUUGAUCAAGACCUAAUAUCGAAACGUUUGAACAAUUAUUAGAAUUUUUACUUGUACAGAAUCAUUCUCAUAUUUCUUUUGUCAUAAAAUGACAUGUAAAAUAAAUUCAUACUUAUGAAGAGAGUUAGAUAAUUAGAAGAGCAGAUAAAAUAUGUAUAAGUUAGAUAUAAGUAAUUCAUCGAACAACCAAUCUUGCCAAUAAAAAAAAUUUAAUAAUGAAUUAUAACAAUUUCAACAAACGUUUUUCUAUUACAAUAAAAUAUUUGUUUUCUGAAACGUCGCAUCAUAACUGUAUAGAUAUUGAUGAAAUUCGCUUCCAUAUCAUUCACAUGUCGUAUGUUAAUACAGUGCAUUUAUGUAUGAUUAUCUCUGUAUGUACAUUCCAUACAUUAGUUUAUUCUUCAUUGCCAUGUGCAUUGGAGAUUUGUAAAAUAAAAUUGUAAAACAAAUGUAUAUAACAUAAAUUAUACAUAUGUGAAAUAAA